AUGUACAAGCAUGAAGUCAUUUUAUUCAUUUGGAUCAUGCUUAUUUAUUCAUUGGAUAUUGUACACCAUACUUUUAGUGAAAGUAUUACUGAUCAAAGUUUUAAUCAUAAAUAUAACCAAAAGCAUGAAUCAAUCAAUUUGAUUAAUGGGCUAUGGAUUAGCAAAAAUAAUGACAAUAUUUUGAAUAAUAAUACUAAACAAAUGUUGGGUAGUAAGAAAAUUUAUUUCGUUAAAACACCAACAAAUAUCACAGUACAAGAACAUGCAAAACAUAUUCGUUUCGACUGUCAAAUAAAUGAAAAGGUUCAUAUUUUAUCAUACAAAUGGUUAAAAAAUAAAGUAGAUAUAAAUUUACAACCAGAUAUUCAACAUCGUUAUCAAAUUUUACAAAAUGGUAGUUUAUAUCUUACACAAAUUAAUCGUAAUGAUACUGGGAUCUAUACAUGUCAAGUAGCUUUCAAAUAUUCAAACAGUCAGCAUAAUUACAUGAGACCUUUGACAACUGAACAAAAUGACAAUAAUCAAAGACAAAUUGAUUUCAUAUCUGAAUAUUUACGCAAUCGUGAACAUGGAUAUAAUGAAGAACUUGAAAAAGUGAAACAGAAUUUAGAAGCAUCUGCCUGGUUAAAUGUCCAAUACAUUCCAAAUAUUCAACUUAAUAACUCUAUAAAUCCAAUAUAUUUGGGUAGAAAUGGUCCAGGACGUAUUCCAUGUAUUGUUGAUGCAACACCUUCUAUUGAUUUAAUUGAAUGGCGCAAAUUAAUAAAUUCAUCAAUAAAAACAUAUUCUAAUGUAAUAAUUAAUAAUUUUCAUCAAAAUUCUAAAACUAUGGGUACAAUUUUACCAGUUGAACAACUUUUAAGAGAUGAGAAUACUAGUUCAUCUUUCACUAUUUAUUGGUAUGAAUGGGAUAAUGUAAGAGAAAAUGAUGGUGGAUUUUAUCAAUGUCGAGCUCGUAAUACAAUUGGAUGGAGUUCAUGGUCUCCAAAAAUACAAGUAAUUGUAAACGAACUACCUCGAUUUAUAAGGAAGCCAAAAUCAGUUGAGUUCGUAAAGAGUAAUAUGCCGUUAAUAUUACCAUGUGAAGCCUACGGACAACCUAAACCAAUAAUUCAAUGGUUUUAUAGUAAAUUAAACCAACUAGGGAGUAAUUCAUCAAAAUCUGUUAUGAUCAAGAGUCUAAACAAGCAGACACAGAAGAUGGGAACUGAGAAUAUUGUGGUAGGCCAAGAACAUGAUGAUUGUGAUAGAGAAGAUAUUACUGAACAAGUUGAAAACUGUAUAUUCAAUACUACUGAUCAUGGUAUCCAGUAUCCAUUUCAAAAAGACAGGACAAUUAAUAAAAGAUCAAUCUUAAGUGUCGAUUUGCCAGGUGGUGUGAACAAAAUGCCAGAUGGAAGUCUUCUUAUAUACACUUGUAAUGCGUCAAAAGUAACUGGACAGUAUUUUUGUAUCGCUAAAAAUUCUAUUGGUCAUAUUAUAACAUCAGUGGAAUUAAAGCAAGAUCCAAAAAUGCAGCUAUAUGAUAGAUUUUUUAAUAACAUUAUGUUGCAUGUCAAACCUUCAAUAUACUCUGCAAUAUUAUCUUGGAAUAAAAUGAAACAACCCGCUACGUUGCAUUCGGGUACUACUUUUGACACCAUCGGCAAACAAUGUUAUUACGUAACAUAUCAUUCACCGGUUCGGUCAGGUGAUGAAUGGAUCACAACUGUUGUACAACCAGAAUACACUAGUCGAAUAAGAUUAAAUGGACUUAUUCCAGAUGAACUAUAUGCAUUCCGAAUAAGUCAUUGGUGUACACCAUCGAACUAUAAUCACUCGAGUAGUUCUACAGUACUAAUUAGAACUGGAUUACCAUCAAAUCAAAAUACUGGAUUAAUUUUAACGAAUAACAAUACCCAUUAUUUAGAGUUUGAACACGAUACAGACUCAUCUAAACCACCGUCGCCACAAUCAUUAAAACUACAAAUAACUCAAACUGAACGGUAUAACAGCAUUCUAACAUGGAAAUUUCAAGGGAAUCCACAAACUUCAUCACUUGAUCUAAAUGUUCAACAGAAAAACAAUGAAUUGUCGGAGCAAAUUUCAUAUUUCCAGGUAGAAUUCAUUGUAUGCACAAGUUCCCAAACUCAUCUAUUUGGAAUUAGUAAUUGUACGGAUGGUAAAAAUUAUAUAUAUCGGUGGAAGUCCUUAGCACCAGUACGCUAUCCCAAAUUAACUCUUGAAUUAAAUCAUGAUAAUGAAAUGUUUUUGUUGGAAAGUAACAACAGAAAUGAAGAUCUAACAGUUGACAGUGAUGCAUUCAGAACAAUUGUUGAAUACAAUGAAUUAAACUCAUUUCUAACUAAUUUAUACUACAAUUCAUUGGUAUAUGAAUUGAGGUUUCGUGUAAAAUCUUUCGGCUUAAUGUCAGUUAGUGAACCGUCCAAUGAGUUAAUCAUUAAACACCCUUUAUUACCAUCCAUCUUAAAUGCAUUAAAUCAAACUCUUUAUUAUGAACGUUAUCUUAUUUAUAAAGCAAUUCAACAAGUACAUUAUGAAACGUUAAAUAAUUAUCAACAAAAUAUUACUAAUAUAAGAUUACAUAAUAUUAAAAUGAAAACAUUAAAGAACUUGAACACUUUCAAUAAUCAUGACAUAAUAAAUAAACAUAACAAAACAUAUUGGUUUAUUUAUUGUAUUAGUUUUACUUUUAUAUUAAUCAUAUUCAUUCUUAUAUUUAUAUUCUCAAAGAAAUCAAUAAAAAAGAUCAAAAUCAAACUUAAAAAAAUAAAAAAUAAAAAUAAAAAACAAUCAAUAAAACAAUAUCAUGAUAAACAAAUCAUUGUAACAUUACCUAAUAUUGAUUUUUUAAAUAAUCAAUAUCAAAUGAAUAAAACUUGUUUAAAUGAUUCAUUUGAUUUAUAUGAUACAAAUUUUGUAAUGAAUAAAUUUAAACAAAAUUUAAUAUCAAAUUCUAAUCAUAAAUUAGAUCAUUAUAGUAUUCAUGAUUGCUAUGAUUGUAAUAAUGAACAAUUAAAUCAUUAUUUAAAUUCACAAUAUAUAAAACAACAUGUAUUGAAUACAACAGAUAUAAAUUCAAAUCAUACAAUUCAAUGUUCAAAACAAACCGAACAUACAAAUUGUGAUCAAGUAUAUUUAAUAUUAUCUAGUUAUGAAAAUUCAGCUUAUUAUCCUUCUUCUUCUUCAGAUACAUCAAAAAAUCAUCAAGUAAUGGAUAAACAAAAUACAAAUUUAGUAAAUAUGUGGAAUACUGAUGAUGUAACAAAAGAGAUAGAUCAUAAUUUACCAGACAAACAUUAUGCACUGAUGACGCCUGAAAUUUCGAGAUCUGAAGAUCCGGACCCCCUACAUGAAACAAUGAUAAAAUAUACACUGAAUGAACCGGAAACCAUCGUACCAUGUAAAUGUUCACAACUUUCUAGCUUAACACUAUACUCACCAUGUCUAGAUCAUAUGUCAUCAACAAUAUCUUACACCCCAACCAAGUGCUAUUGUACUGAUCAAGUUCAAACAAUUCACUGUACAGAACAACAGCAUCAAUGUAACUCUAAUUUAAUAAACUAUUCAAUACCACCAGGAUCAAUCCCAGAACCAAUAUUUGUAGUUAAAAAGUAAAUAAAUAUCUUCAAGGACGAGGCGAAAGCCAUACAUAUAUUUUCAAUGCUCAAAAAAGAUGACUUCAGAUUCAAUUAUUUUUUAUGUUUUUUCCAAUAUUUCCUUUCAGUAUAAUUUUGGUUUCUAUCUUCCUCAUCCGAACGUAUCUUUGUUGAUUAUGGGACGAUAUUUAGAAUUGUAAAAAAAUAUCAAUUACUGUUUUUGUAAUAGAAAAUGUCUAAGUUUUUGAAUAUGUUUCUUUCAAUUGCUAUUAUUACAACGUCGGUACCUAAAACCUA